AUGUUGAAGUCGCCAUCACUGAGCAGAUCCCAAGCUUCUCCUACUCUCUAUCACUAUGCACCUACUGCGACACGACCCUCACUGUCGCGCAGAACAUCGGCUGCAAACAAACCUUCUCCUUCGCCACAAUCACAACCACAACAGCAAUCGACACCCCAGUCGCAACCAAAGAAAUGGGUCUAUGUUGAUGCAUCUACGCAGUGGAGUCCUCCUAUGAUGCCUUCUAGGAUGGCAGAUGGAGCAUCGCCGUCCGCGGAAGUGAAAGUAGAAGAUCCUCCUCCAGAGCCCACCAUUGCGCCAGAGCAACCCAACGUCAAUGUAUUACGAAAUAUAAACCCACCAAUACAACCGGAAUCACCAAGCAUGAAGAGACGCCAAUCGGCAAUUGAAGAUGCGAAUACUUCCAGUAAAAAGGAGUCUCUCUCGAAAAGAGUAAAACCUCAAACGUCCGUGAAGAUUUUGCCUCGACAGUAUGAGCACUGUGAGGAAGAGGAUAUGGUGAUUCUUAUAGCUAGUAUGAUCGCAGAAUUGAUUCAAAGAAAUGAUGCUCUUCCUCCCCAAGGCGGGGUGUUGACACGCUUUCAUUCUAGGUCACCUCCUGGGAUUUCUGUUCUUGAUUAUCUGGCGCGGCUUGCAAAGCAUGCAACCCUCAAACCUCCUCUUUUACUUUCUAUGGUUUAUUACAUUGAUCAACUUUGCGCAUCAUACCCUGCAUUUACAAUUACAACAUUGACUGUUCAUCGAUUUUUGAUCACAGCAGCGACGGUAGCGUCAAAAGGACUUUCGGACAUUUUCUGGAACAAUUCUACGUAUGCGAGAGUCGGUGGUGUCAAAUUGGCAGAAUUAGGAUUACUGGAGCUUGAAUUUUUACACCGUGUUGAUUGGAAAAUAAUCCCAAAGCCAGAAAUGUUGACCGAUUAUUACAAAGGCUUAAUUGAGCGAAACGAGCGUUACAAAAUGGAAGGAGAUAUGACGGAUGACUCUGAUGAAUUAGAAGAUGACGAUGAAGAAAGCGACGAGCCUGAUACCCCCGAGCAAGCCGAGGUUAGAGUUGACGCAGAUAUGAGUAACACGAAGGAGUCAGAUGCUCCACAUCAUAAGACAGAGUCUGGACAUGAAGAGUCUUCAUGGCGAGAAGGGCCCUGA